AUGAACUCAGUUCGCUCAUAUUGUAAGGCUUUGAAAUACAAAAAUGAGGCCAAUGGUUUGUGUUGCGCAAAUGGUAAAGUGAAAUUGAUACCAUUGGAUCCACCACCAGAGCCGUUGUACUCAUUGGUUUCAGGAAUAGGAACAGAUUCUAUACACUUUUUGACAAAUAUCCAACAAUAUAACAAUUGCUUUCAAAUGACUUCAUUUGGGGGCUUGGGGCAACAAAUGUAG